AAUGUCUUGCUGGACAGCUAAAGGCAUGAUGCAGCUCAAGAUAUUGUGGGUGUCUGAAUGUGCGAUGAUGACGUCUAUUGUAGAAUGUGUAGGGGAAUGUGAGGCAGAGGAUGAUAUUAUUUUCCACCAACUGAAACAACUACAUAUUGCUUCUAUUCCAAACCUUUCAAGCUUCUGCGACUCAGCGAAACAUGCAUUCAAAUUACCAUCCUUGGAAUAUGUAACUGUAGAAAGUUGCCCCAAUAUGAAAACUUUUUGCGAGGGACCACUUUCCACUUUUAAGCUCCGGUAUGUAUAUUCUCAUGGAAGGCGUUGGAAUGGCAACCCCAAUGCUACCAUACAGACCUUGCAUAAAGAAAUGAUAAUGGCCAUCAGAAUCCAGAGCCAAUUUCGGAGGCACGUUGCUCGUAGAGAUUUCAUUGCACUGCGGAUGGCUUCCAUAGUAAUACAGUCUGCAGUGAGAGGUAAGGCAUCAAAAUAUGUAAUAAACUACAUGAAGCGUUAA